AUGUCUGGUGAGAAAUGUUGGAAUGGCAAACAUUCAUCAAACAUCACAUCUAAAUUUAGACUUCAUAGAAAAUUUAAUUAUAGCUGGGCGGGAGUGGCCUUCACUCAAAGACAAAACAUUUUGGAGUUUGAAUUAGUUGCUAAACUUCGUGGGCUUCUGAUUCAUGAAAUAUUUGAUAUUGAUUUGAAGUUACUCUUCAUUCUUCUUCAAGCUAUGACGUUUUUUGUUCUGACAAUAAUAAAUUAA